AUGUCUUCGCCCCAGGACCGUGUUCAGCACUAUGUUGCGCAGCUCGACAAAGAGCUCUCCAAGUACCCCGCCCUCAACAACCUCGAGAAGCAGACCUCUGUCCCAAAGGCGUAUGCCGUGCUCGGCUGCACUGCGCUCUACUUCUUCCUCAUCGUCUUCAAUCUCGGCGGUCAGCUCCUGACCAACAUUGCGGGCUUCAUCAUCCCCGGCUAUUACUCGCUUGGUGCGCUGUUCACCGCGAGCAAGGCGGAUGACACGCAGUGGCUGACCUACUGGGUUGUCUUUGCCUUCUUCACUGUUCUUGAAAGCCUCGUCAGCGUCGUUUACUGGUUCCCUUUCUAUUACACCUUCAAGUUUGUGUUCCUCCUGUGGCUGUCCCUGCCCGCCUUCAGGGGUGCCGACAUCAUCUUCCGCUCCUUCAUGGCCCCUACCCUUGGCCGCUACUUCAAGAACUCCGGUUCCACUGCCAGCGGCCUGCGCGCGAAGGCCGAUGCUGUCCACACCGAGUAA